CGAGCCAGCGGAGACGUGAUGUAGUUUUGUUCGAAUGCCCAACAUAGUAAGUUCGUAAAUCCGUGAAUCACAGUGAUCCGGCGCUCUGUACGACGCCAUUGUGAUUAUCGCUCGCAACCAAUAGAUAAGCGUUAAGCGUGUGGUAGUGUGGUAGACGAACAGCAAGAACUGAGAUAAGAUAAGCUACUUUUGUCCAGCAAAAACUGAUCGUACGGACGUAUUUGUUCUACGGAGAGUCAACAGUCCAGGCUAUCAGCCAGCUUGUUUGGAACAGUGACUUCGAACAGCUUCUAGAAAUUAUUCCAUCAUGAGGAAUCUGCUGAUCGAUCAGAUUCGUGAGGAUGGGUUCGCCGUGAUCGAUGACUUUCUGACACCGGACGAGAUACAAGAUCUGUUAAAGAUCGGCCAGAACCUCCACCAGGAUGCACCGAAAGAGGAGCGAAAAGUGUUCAGCGCAAACGCGGACGGCAAAUCGGCCCAAAGUCGCGAGCAGUAUUUUCUCGACAGUGCGGACAAGGUGCGAUACUUCUUCGAGGAAGGUGCCGUUGGAGAAAACGGCGAGCUGCUGGUCGAUCCAUCGAUUGCACUGAACAAGGUGGGACAUGCCCUGCACACGGAACAUCCCGCGUUCGAAGAGGUUACGUUUUCGAACCGCGUGAAGGAAGUAUGCUGGCAGCUUGGAUUCCGACGACCGGCCGUUGCGCAGAGUAUGUACAUCUUCAAAAACCCGGGCAUUGGUGGGGAGGUUAAGUCGCAUCAGGAUGCCACCUACCUGUACACGGAACCGAGCACAACGAUCGGCUUCUGGAUACCGCUCGAGGAUGCCACACUCCAGAACGGGUGUCUGCACUUCAUCAAGGGUUCCCACAAAAGCGGUGUCCAUCGGCGAUGGAUCCGCAAUCAGGACAAAAGUGCCGACGAACUGCUGAUCUACGAUCGACCGGCACCGCUAUACCCGCAGUCCAACUUUGUCGCCGUACCGGUAAAGGCCGGUUCAUGCGUCCUUAUCCACAGCCAGGUGGUGCACCGGAGCGAUGCGAACAAAUCGGAACGUAGCCGGCACGCGUACACCUUCCACGUGAUCGAAAGCGAAGACUGCGUAUAUUCCAAAGAAAACUGGCUCCAAUCAUCAGAGGAUCGUCCAUUUCCGGUGCUGUACGAACGUAAAUAGGGCUUUCAAAACAACGCACAAUGCUAGUGCGUUACGAUCGAUUCCAUCGGCAGACGAUUGUUUUAGGAUGUAAGAUGUCCCUUUCCCAUCAUUUGCAGCGACCGAUGAUGGUAAAUCGAAGUGUCUCUCUGUAAUUUACUUGUAACAUGUACAACUGUUUGAAGUGUGUGUGAAAUAUUUUUUUUUGUAACCCAUCAUCGCAACGCAACCGAACCUUUGCUCUCUCUCCGUGCCAUAGAUGUUUAUUUACACUUCGGCGUUGGCGAUUCGGUGCUCCUCUGAUACACACAGUUUCUUUCCCCCUUCUCGUAAAAAAGGUGCCUCAAUGCGCCAAUGCGGUAGUUGGAUCACAAACGGACCCGAAGCCAGCUGCAGCCGGUAUAAGCUAUGUAGCAAAUUGUGAAUAAAACAACUAUUAAAUUGCUAAUUA